AUGUCUACCAGCUCAAAUACUCCUCCAGACGGCUACUUCAACGACCUUUCUCGUCCAACGGGGAAUGCGGGACGGAACAAACGAGCGCGGAGCCCCCCAGGAGAUGGAAAUGAAGCUGCGGACCAUGCGAGCGGAGGAGAUGCGAAUGUCCCCAAGCCGAAGAGAAUAGCUUGUAUCAUUUGCAGGAAGAGGAAGCUCAAGUGCGACGGCACGAAACCUAGUUGCUCGACAUGUACACGCCUGGGACACAGUUGCGCCUAUGACGAAGUACGCAGGAAAUCUGGACCAAAGCGCGGCUAUGUAAAGGCUCUGGAAGAGAGACUGAAGCAAGUCGAGACUUUACUGAAGACGCAGGAUCCUGUGCCCCCAACGCCAGAAAUCCCGCAGAGUUUCACUAAUGGAUCGGCAACUGUCAGCGGAGUUGGCCUCCGACCAAGUCCUGCGGGCGAUUUCAACAUUUCGAACCCUUCGAUAAACCUUGGGAGCGGAGCAGAUGCCGACCGUUGGGCGUUCAAUGGGGAAUCGCCUCAAGCGCCGAUGGACAUGACGUUUACGGGGGACAUGAAUAUGGGCAUGGGUCUGGAUGAUAACACAUUCACAUGGGAAAUGAUAGGACUUGGUCUGGAAGAGCCUUUGCCUCCUCAAGACACUAUUGAUGAAUUACAUCAGAUCUAUUUCGACAAAAUCCACCCUUCGGUACCUAUGAUUCAUAAAUAUCGAUACCUUGCAGCAAUGAAUCUAGCACCAAGUCAACGCCCUCCUGUGGCGCUUCGAUAUGCUAUGUGGACACUUGCUGCGACUGUAGCCGACAAAUACAUGGAUCUGAAGGACCAUUUCUACCAUCGCGCUCGCAAGUACAUGGAGACGGACGCGCUGAAAGGACACGGUGAACACAUCAUCUCUAUUGCACAUGCGCAGACACACGCACUUUUGGCCUCUUACGAAUUCAAGAUGAUGUCUUUUCCCCGAGCCUGGAUGAGUACAGGAGCUGCUAUUCGGAUGUGCCAGAUGAUGGGGUUGCAUCGUCUUGAUGGAGCUGGGUUGGAUGUAAAACAAUGUCUACCUGCUCCACGAGACUGGACGGAACGAGAAGAAAGACGACGGACCUUCUGGUACGCAUUCUGUGAAGACCGCUACGCCAGCAUUGGCACGGGAUGGCCGAUGUCUAUCGAUGAAAAGGACAUUUUGACAGACAUGCCCGCUUCUGAGGAAGCAUUCAAUAUGAGUAAAGCGGAGCGUACCCUUUCGUUGAACGAUUCCAUGUCGCCCUCAGGUGCAUCUAAGCUUUCAUCAUUUGGAGGCGUUGUGUUGAUGGCAUGUCUUUUUGGUCGAAACUUGAUUCAUCUUCAUCGACCAGAUUCUGACGGCAGAGAUGGUGACUUGAAUGGGGAGUUCUGGAAACGCCACAGAAAUAUGGACAAUAUUCUUCUGAAUACAUCGCUAUCCAUGCCAUCACACCUAAAGCUUCCGAAUGGACUCAACAAUCCCAAUAUUGUGUUUACGAACAUGAACAUUCACACGUCGACGAUUUGCUUGCAUCAAGCUGCUAUAUACAAGGCGGACAAGAACCAUCUUCCGGCAUCCAUCAGUGCAGAGAGCAAAGUACGGUGCAUCACAGCAGCUAAUGAGAUCGCGAACAUCAUGCGUCUAGUCUCUCACUUAGACCUUUCAUCUACAAACCCCUUCAUUUCUUUCUGCCUAUACGUAGCUGCACGAGUCUUCGUUCAGUACCUGAAGAGCCGACCGGAUGACAGCCAGACAGCAGACUCUCUCAGAUUUCUUCUGUCUGCAAUGAAUGCUCUUAAGAAGAAGAAUCCUUUAACAGAGUCGUUUUUGGUACAGUUGGAUGUUGACCUGGAAGGCCUUGGUAUGCGCAACCCAAAGUAUAAGUCUGUUUUUGCAUACAGUGAAGAUAACCUUGGAAUAUCAAGUGCAACGAUGCCAAAGCUUGGACAAGGACCCAAUGGACUCCCAAACACCUUUCGAAAUGAAUGCAUAUACACGAAGAUUCUAGGAGAAGUUCCAAUGGGAGAGGAGGCAAGUCCUACUGGUACAACCGAAAAUCAGAAUGAUUUCCGGCGCGACUCGGAACCGAAUUCAGCUGGGGCUUCAAAUUCAAGGAAUGAAGCCUUUGGAGACCAGACAAAUUGGAUGCCGCUUCCUGACCAUGCACCUACCGAUUCUGGGAACGAAGUACAGAGAACACUGCAGGGACUGGCGAUCGGCGAAAUUCGUCGCUCGGCAGCCUAUGGAUCUGGAGACAUGAACAGCUACGGCAAUAGUGACAGCAGUAACGGUGCAGAUACGGGGCUCUCGCCAGAUACAACGCAUUCAUCCUCCAACCGGCCUACACCAAAUGCCUCUACACCUUCAGAUUCACGACCCAAUCUACAACCAGGACAAUCUGAUUCAGGAGCUGCAUCUUACGAAACCAGUCCUGCUUCUUCCCACCAGAACCGACCUGCUGCUGACAGUCGCUCGAUGUCUUCCUUCUUUUCAACACAGCCGGACUACAGUAACAUUCCAUCGACCGGCAUGACCCCAGACUUCAGUAUGCCAGAGACACCUGGUAGAGGGUUUGAGGUCCCAAGUGGCUGGGAGAUGAGCAACCAACCUACAUCAGGCUUGACUCCUGUAGGUGAAGGAGUAUUUCGGCAGCUACUUGGACUCGGGCCCAUGGACGCAAUGGACAUGGCAUGGGAAGGCGGCUCAUAG